ACAUAAACUUGGUUUGUUUGUGCGUUGACGUUUGCACGCAGCUGGCAACUCUGCAUGUGUACGGUCCUUCGCGUGACGCAUCAGAUCAGAGCAAUCGUCAACCUAUCGAUUGUUUCCUUACCUGAUAGCUUGCUAGGCCAGUGCUAGUGAAUGCACAUCCAUCUCCGGAGUUACCGUCAUUAAACAACAGCGGUGCUCAUCGAUAAUUUAUACCCGACUGUGUGCGCCCAGUUAUCGAUUCCUAAUGUGGUUGCAGCAAUUUGAAUCUCCACUGCGUAUUCUUCGGGCGUGCGUUUAUCUGUGAAACAGUUUUUCCUCGUCAACUGGCGCUACCAUUUGUUUAUUAACCACCAACGGCUGUGGAAAAAUGAUCUGUUUCGGUUCGCUGAACCCUAAUUUACCGACUAAUUGUCAAAAUGCGUAAAGCGAAAAAGUCACUUGAAGAGCUGAUAAAUACCUACUUGCUUUAGUUGGCUCUGAAUAAAUAUUCCCCGUUCACCAAAUUCUCAAAUUUCUCAUAUUAAUUAUGUUACUUACAUAAGUAGUUUCGUCUUAAACAUCCAGAAAGGGUCGCAAUGCCCAAUGCAGCUGGUCGAUGUCGGCCCCUUUUGGCUAACGGUGAAACUGGAAGGAAACGUAUCUCCGAUACAUCACUGGACGCGAUGAGAAUAGCCCUGAACAUGCAUGGAUUAAGCGGACAAGAUGAGCGAUCAGCGGGAAGCGAUAAAUCCCUCAACGUUGCUCGACCUCGAAAACAACGAACAGUUGAAUCGGAUACCGGACCUGUGUCCGCCCAGCCAAAGGAUCGCCAAGCAAGCAUGGCGUCUGUGAUACCGAGAUUUGGUUUUUUCGAUUGGUCAAGUUAUCUCAAGGAAAUCGACGCUUCUGCUGUGCCGGUCAACUACUUUACUCAUGUUCCUCUGGAAAUUCAGACUGAUUGUCAGUCGGCUCGCGCGCAUCCUCACAACCCUCUUCCGAGCAGCUUCAAACCUGAUCAGUGCAUGGAAGGCAUCGACCCGCAUCGCGAGAGUCUGUUCUGUGCUUUGAAGGUUGCUGAAGUGAUGGGACGACGACUGCGACUUCGUUUUAUUGGGUACCCAGAAAAGUACGAUUUCUGGACCACAGUUGAUUCCCCUUUCUUGUUUCCUGUGGGUUGGUGUGCACAGAACAAACGUCGGUUGCAACCACCUAAAGGGUAUUGUUUGGAGCGAGAUCAGUUUGACUGGGACACCUUUAUGUCGAGAGAGAAAUUAACCGCGGUUCCGCGCCACCUAUUUCGAGUUCCAUGGGACUGCUCCCUGACGGACACAUCUGCCCACACUUUUUGCAUCGGUUGCAAACUGGAGGCUGUGGACAAACGCAAUCCCGGUAUCGCCUGUGUUGCUACCGUGAAAGACAUUAUCGGCGAUUACAUUUUGAUACAUUUUGAUGGAUGGGAUUGCAGCUUUGAUCAGUGGGCUCACGUGUCGUCGGAAUUGCUUCAUCCGGUUGGAUAUUGCGAAGACCAGGAGUUAACCCUUUCCAUUCCCAGUGACUGGAGUACCCGCAUCACUGGAUUUACUUGGAAACAGUAUUUGAAAGAGACCAACUCGAAAGCCGUGCCCAAAGAAGCGUUCGUAAAAGCUUCCAAGGCCAUUUCUCAUUCUAGUCGUCUGCAACCGGGCCAGCGUUUAGAGGCUGUGGACAAACGCUGUCCCCAGCUGAUUCGUGUUGCCUCUAUCGUGUCAGUGGAGCCCUCGGGUUUUGUCACAAUUGGCUACGAUGGCUGGCAAGACAAGUACAACGUCCUCCUCGAAGCCAGUUCUCCGGACCUACUUCCUGCCGGCUAUUGUCAGGCCACUGGUCAUCCACUGCAGCCACCCCCGGGACACGAGUCUGAUACUGAGCUCAACGGAGCGAUCGGUGACGCCCACUCCAACUCCUCAACCAGCUCUGUCAGCACCAUACAACUGACGAACUGCCCGACUAGUGGAUGCAAAGGUUACGGACACGCCAAGGGUCCUCGAUACUCCACCCACCAACGUGUAUCUGGAUGCCCGUACGCAGACGUAAAUUUGAAGAGAGAUUUAAUUCGGCCACAUGAACGAUUCACUAUGUCAAAUGCCACGUCUCCAACACCCGACUCAACUUCACUACUACCACAGAUGCCUAAAUUAGAACAAGCGGUUCCAGCUAGCGUGCACUCUACCGCAUUACCAGAUAUCCUUUCUGGCCCAUGUCUUUCCCCUGAUUCCAGUGUGAAAAAUGAUCCGUUCGUUUUGUCUCGCGCGAAUUCUCCAGUCCUACCGAUUGUGAAUCCUGCGGUGUGCUCCGCUGACGUGACUCCCACUUGUUGUCACAAAUCCAUGUCUGCUGUCUCUGCUACCGUGUCUCGAAUUAGCGGAAUACACAAUUCAUUGCCUCCUGCGGCUGUGUGCUACUCAUCCAUUUCCCAAACACCUGUCACACUAGAUAACACCUCGCCAGCAUCUACAUCGGUACCCUGCCACCUUACUCACACACUCCUCCCGUUGGAUUUAUCUGUUGAAAGGGAUACGAGACGCUUCAUUAGUCAAGGAGGCAAUAGUGAUCCCUUUGUUCUUAAGUCUAUAAAGCCCACCAAGUCCAAACGAACAAAUGAAAACGGGGCUUGCGAAGAGAAUGGGAAAUAUGUCAGUGCAAUGGCGAACUCGGCAGAUCUAAAUCCCACGAAGGGCAAUUGCUUAUCCACUUUAUCCACGGAAGCAACUCACAACUGUGUGGACACAUUCGACAUCUCGUCGUCUGCCGCAAUAUUUCCGGACUCUGUCCCCAACAAACCCGCAACGACCGGUACGAAACGUGCCAACUCAGAAUAUCCGAAACUUCCGAAGCAGGAACCAAAACCAAGACUUUCACAAAUGGUCAACGUUGCUAACGAGUAUGCGCGUCAGCAGCAGCUUUUUGGUUUGGCUGCCUUACCGAUGAAACGCAAGCGGGGUAGACCGCGUAAGUACACCACACUGGGCAUGUUCCACGCUCCACCCCACAAUUCCAGAGCCGUGCAACUGCCGUCGGUCUCAUCCGGUCGAAACAGUCUACCCGGAAUUCCGUUCUCCGAUUCGUCUUCGACGUUCGGAUUACAACAGACCCACACCACCACUGGAGCCACGGCGCCCGUAAUGAUGAACUCACCAGUUAUGCCAACAUUCUCCAUUUACACUCCGCUGACCGUCGGCGCCUCUCUUCCCGGCCUAUACUCUGCCGGAUUAUUGUUUCCAAGUACAUCCAUUCCAGUGCAUGGCACCGAUCAGGUGCAGAUUGCUCAAACAUCCUCACCAAUCACUUGGAACGCCGAUUCCAGCUCACCUGGGUGUACACUGGCAAACAACACUUCGGGUCCCCAUUCAAGCGGCACUGAACCUGCCAUUGCACGAUCUCCAAACGCUUUUGACUCCAGCGCUCAGUUGCCACUUGGUACUCUUCAGUCUACAUACAUCUCUGAGGUGCCUGCUGUACAAACUACGGCCUUUUCAUGCGAGUUGUACGCCUCAAACAAUUUGCCUGCUGGUUUGGAGCCUGCUACUUCUCGUUUUGAGAGUGUCUCGAACAAACUAGCCGAUCCAAGCUCUUCCGUUGCAUUGAAUAAAUUUCCAGAUUCCACCUCGUUUCCCAAUUGGUUUUCGGAUCCACUGACUCGGUCAUGUGUCCCUAUGCAUUCCGCAACGGCGGCUUUUUGUCUGCCUCAGCAAAUGUGCUUGGAUCCGCGUGUGUCUUCAUUUCCCUUAAAUGCUGAUACAUAUCGCCCGCACAACCUCAUGGGGAUGACUAGCAAUUCAGACCCGUACGCCGUUUCUAACGAAUUAGACUUGAUGGCGCGUUUGCUUCCACAAGCCAGCGCUGCACUGCGUGCGUCGAAAUUGGCUGGUCUACCAGGUCCGCAUUCUUGGACCGUGGAAAUGGUUCGGAAUUUCGUGAAUACACUCCCGGGAUGCAAGACUUUUGCAAGCAAAUUUACGGAAAAUGAGAUCGACGGUGCCGCUCUGCUUUGCCUGGAACAGCACGAUCUAAUGCACGUGUUAGGUAUGAAACUUGGGCCGGCCGUGAAAAUUGCUGGUGCUAUUCAAACGCUGCGCCGAAAUGUCAUGGCAAUUCCUACUGCUGAAUUAGAGUCACAUUACUCCGAUUUGAUGGCGGCCGCGACCUCAUGUUUCGCCUCUGCAUGUCAGUCGCGGGACUCAGCAACCGACACACCAUCGCCUGGUGAACAGGUUGAAGGGAAUCGAUGCAACACGGGCAAAGAACGCUCCACUUCCAGUCGUUCUCCCUCUUUGCAGACAAGUUCCACUAUGCCCAAAGUAACCUGCACUAGUGAAACAUUGCCCACCUAAGCUUGAUAACAGUCCACACUCUAAGUGCCCCUUCACCACUCCAAAGCACAAGCGUUCUUUUGUGAUGUCUUCUCUCUACCCCCUCCCCCCGAUGUAUUGUAUGCACCAAACAUUCCUGCAACAUUUGUUUGUACAGCUGCCAGGCCCUUGAACGCAGCAUGCCUAUAAUUUCCGCGCAAACACUCGCAGAUUACCUAUUUUUUUGUUCCAUUCCCAUCCAAACUCACUGUUCCGCAUCCACUUCCACCCCGUGCCACCGAAUCCACCACAUCCUGUGUUUAUAUUAGCUUAGCUCCCGUCAAUUUCCUUGUGCCUUCGUGUCCGAAGACAGUUUGCAGUGCUCCUUCGUUCGACUUUUAUUGUGCAUGCAGUAGCGACUACAUCUUACUAGCCAAGCAGUACUCUACUUCUUCUCUACCGUACACUCACGACAGAUGCCUCAUCGUCUCUCCUUGUUUUGUGAAUGCUUGUGCUAUUUAUCUGAUCCCUCCCAUUGUGGGAAUAUGUGUGCGUAUGUAAGUAUGCACGCUUACCACACGCACUCACCGUGUGUCAUCAUAACCCACUCCUUUAUUCUCCCUCUAACGGGUAUCACCUCAGCAUAGCUUUAUGUGAUAGAUUCAGCUCUGUGAGUAGACAUUAUCUGUGUCGUCAUGCUCUUUCCUCGGUGGAUUUACCACAUUUCAACUCUGGUUUACCGCAUUCCACAUUGAUUUUUGUCUUCAUUUUGUGCUUGAGCGAUCCUCACCUUACUUUGACGAAAACGAGGGCGACGAUGACUACGAUUCGGAUGGUCCUCUUGACUGUUAUACGUGUUGUGGUAAUCAUCAAACUGCCCUCGCCUAUUCGGUCGUUCAUGCGCAAACACACACGCACACAUGUACUCAAUGGUACAACUCAAAUACAGACCGUAUAUCCCCCGGUUUGCGAGCCUCGUAAUUGUAAAAAAAAACAUUUUUUGCUGG